GUGGUAGACCCACAGCAGGGUGUCCAAGUUGCUGGGAGUCCCCUUCAUGUCCGCAGCAGAUGGUAGGUGCAGGGGGGCGGGGACAAUACUGGAGCGAUGGAGGGGUAGCAAGGGGAGUAACCCCACCUCCUGUGCAGAGGUGUUUGUGAGGUAGGGGCAGCUAGCGGCCUCUCGUUUUGAUGGACGCCGUGACGUCAUGCCUUUUGGGUAUCUCAGGUAUCUUAUUUUCGUCAUGGUGGUUGCCACGCUCAUAGUUAUGAAUUGCGUCAUCGUGCUCAACGUGUCUUUGCGGACGCCGACCACUCAUGCCACAUCCCCUCGGCUGCGCCAAAUUUUAUUGGAGCUGCUGCCACACCUCCUGGGCUCGAGCUCACCCCCCGAGUCUCCCCGAGCUGCCCCACCCGCGAGGCGAGCCUCGUCUGUGGGCAUUCUGCUCCGAGCAGAGGAGCUCAUCCUGAAAAAGCCGCGGACCUUUAUCAGGACUUUAAAGUCUAGCAAGAAGAUGACAGGGACAUUUGGGAGUGCUGUAGCAGGGGACUGCACCCUGCCCAGCUGA